AUGUUCAGCAGAUGCCUCUACGGUACCCUCCAUGGGGUCUUCCCAGGUCACCUUGAUCUCGUGCAGGCCCCACCAGAAGGCGGAGACCAGCAAGCCGCUGCGAAGGGGGCAGGCAGGCGAGUGACGGCAGGACUCCACAUGCACUUCGUGCUGUCGCAUUGA